CGCAUGCGCGCCGGGCCUGCGGCGGCCGGCGGGGCUUUUAAAGGGACCGCGUCCCGUUACCGGCAGGGCAGCCCCGCCCGCGGCCUCCCCCUCCAGGCCGGCCCCGGUGGCGGCGGCUGAUGGAGGCGGCCGCGGGCUGGCGCUGCCGGCCGGGUGGGCGGCUCGACAUGAGCCACGGCUUCGUGCGGCACAUCCGCCGCAACCAGAUCGCCAGGGACGCGUACGAGCGGGCGGUGCGGCAGGCGCGGGGGCGGGCGCGGGGGCGGCUCACCACGCCCCCCCCCCGGCCCCGCCGCCCCGACCAGCAGGUGUACCGGCCCCGCCGGCCCGGGGGUCCCGGGGGAGACACCAGUCCGGGGCCCCCCUCCCCCACGGACACCCGUGGGCCCCGUCUCUUCUGCCUGGAGUACGAGGGGGACGACGGCCGCGUCACCGCCGUCAUCGUGCACCAGGGGGACAGCGCGGAGGAGGUGACGCGACGGGUGUGCGCCCGGAGCCCGCUGGAACCCGCCCUGCGCCGGGCCCUCUGCCAGCGGGUGCAGGACGAGCUCAGCAAGCGCCGAGGGACGGGGUGACGCUGCUGACCCCCCCACGCACCCCCCCAGGGGGACACUGCUGUCCCCCCGGGGGACGGGUGCCAGCCGCUGCUUGCUGUCAAUAAAGGUGCUGCGAGGC